AUGGCCUACAACCAGCACCCUUCUGCCCAAGGAGGUGGGCUGCAGGAGGCAUUGACAGUACUGGCUCUGUCAACGGUCAGACCCCUGACUAGGGUGCAGUUCCUGGAUGGCAGAUAUGGAGAACAACAGCCCAUACCCAAUGGAGCCCAGCCUGGCAGGGCUGCAGGUGGGGACAGCAGAUGCAAAACAGAUCCUCCACACAGUGACACCCUGCCCUCCCUGUGUCCCCCAAAACUAACCCCAGCAUUAGGCAAUGUUUCUGGAAUACCUAUGGAGGCCUGUGGGAAACAGGGCUUGGCCUCCCCAGUCAGGAUGAGCAGCAAGGACUCCUUUGAUCAGAGCAUCCGGGCAGAAAUAGAACCAUUUCUGAAUGAGAAAAGAUAAAAUGAAAACCAAAAGUGUGACAGGUAUGUGGAUAAGAAAACAGACUCAAACGAAAAUUCUGCCCAACCCACACUGAAAUCCACCCAGGAGCCCCCUGUCAUGGCACUGCCCCGCCAUGGUCUGAUGGAGCCUGGAAGGAGUUUGUCUUCCAUAGACCUUUCAGAGCUUGAGAACCUGGGCAGCACAAGGCCUGCUGCACCCAAGCCCCAGGCAGCACAGAGCAGGAAUUGCAGGGCUGAAGGUAGGGGCAGCAGUCCCAGGACCCUAGCCACCCAGCACAAGGUCUCUGACUCCAGCAGCGAUGAUGACAUCCAGGAGGCCAUCCAGCUGUGUCAGUUGGAGAAGACCAGGAAGGAGGCCAGCAGGCAUCUGCCCCCAAGAGCCCAGCUCAGAAAGAAGGGGCUGAAAGUUGCCAGCAGCCUGGGCAGCUCACUGAAAAGUGCCUUCCCUGAUGCCCCCAGGAGAACACCCAGCAAGAGGAACUCAGCAGUCCCCAGGGGCACAGAUCUCAGCCCAAGGGGCUUGGACUCUUACCACCUCUCCAAGCCACCAAAGGAUGCCACAGCUGCUGCACUUCCAGCAAGCACCACCACCAGGAGGGAGCCUAUGGAAGGGGCCUUGGCCACACGUGGAGGGCAGCCAUGGGCCUGCAUCUGCUCCCCCAAUGUGCCUUUGCACUCUAAUGGGGACAGCAGCUCUGUGGACAGUUAUGAUAGCAUAGAGCAGGAAAUCCAGAUGUUUUUGGCUCUGAAGGCACAAUCUUUCAUGUUCAAUGACAUUUGUAUGUUUCAAGACCUCUGGGUAGAGGGGAAGGCAGAAGAAGAGAGGAGUGUUGGCGAGAAAGACAGCUCUAAGGACAGAUGGAGCUUGCUGGACAGCCACCAGGACCUGGACACAACCAUCAAGGACCUGCUAAGAUCCAAGCAGAAGCUCAAGAAGAAGUGCAGGGAUCCCUGGGCAGCCCAAAGGGAAAAGGUCAGGUUCAGCCCCUGA